ACAGUGUGAGGGGUCCGUCUAAAAGAAGAGUCAUGGCAGCUUCAGACCUCUUUAAAACUUUAUUAUACACAGUCAACAACCUCCUGCAGCAGCACAAAUAUAAAACUGCGCUGGCGGUGCUCAAAGGCUUCAGGAAUGGAGCUGUAUAUGGUGCUAAAAUCCGUGCCCCUCACGCCCUUGUGAUGACGUUUCUCUUCAGAAGUGGCAGUCUGAGAGAGAAGUUUCGUGCGAUCGCUCAGGCCACAUACACUCACUCCAGGAAUCUGGCCUGCUUCGUCUUCACAUAUAAAGGCCUGCAGGCUCUUCAGCAGCAGCUGCAGGGCAAACAGAUGCAGUCGCACUCCUUUCUGGCCGCCUGUGUUGGAGGAUGGCUGGUGUUUGGGGAGAAUAACAACAUCAACAGCCAGAUAAACAUGUACCUGCUGUCCAGAAUCCUCUUUGCUCUGUCUCGGCUGGCGGUGGAGAAAGGUUUGAUCCCGCAACCCAAAAAAGACCCGUUCCCGCUGUUCGCCACGCUGGUUUGGGGAAUCGUGCUGUGGCUGUUUGAGUAUUAUCCUCAUACGCUUCAGCCCUCGCUCCAGUCCUCCAUGAACUACCUCUACCACGACAGCAACACGUGGCACGACAUUACAGACUCUCUCAUCUAUAACAAACCAAAAGCCAACUGAGAGGAAUCAUCGAUGUCUAACCACCGAGAAGAAGUCUUCCCGCAAAUGUGUUUUUACACAUGUUUUGAAGUUCCACUAAAUGAUUUUUACACAUUGCACAUUGUCAGCAGAUUAUAUUUGCUCCAUGUUGUAUUUGAUUUACUCUGUGCUGUAUUUUUCGCUUCGUUUAUAAAAACUAAACAUAUGUAAGAACAGAAACAAAGUCUUUAGUUUCAAAUUUCAUGCGAACAAACUAAAAUAAAUCCUAAAUUUACAAUGUUUACUUUACUAGCGCACAUUUUUAAAUCUUAAAAUGAACAAUUAAUCCACGCUAGUUAUUCUACUGUAAAAAAACAGUUUGUUUUGGUAAUCUUCAAUCAAAAUCUGAUCAUCUGGGGCCUCAUGUACGAAG